GGGGCCCGCGACGUGGGCGACGGCAGCAGCACGUCCAGUGCGGGCAGCGGAGGCAGCCCGGACCACCACCACCACGUCCCGCCCCCGCUGCUGCCCCCUGGGCCGCACAAGGCUCCCGACUGCAAGGCGGUGGCCACGCGCAGAUCCCUGGACGACCUCUCCGCGCCGCCGCACCACCGAAGCAUCCCGAACGGCCUGCACGAUCCCUCGUCCACCUACAUCAGGCAGCUGGAGACCAAGGUGAGGCUCCUGGAGGGUGACAAGGCCCUUGCACAGCAGGCGGGCGCCGGAGAGUUCCGGACUCUCCGCAAGGGCUUCUCCCCGUACCACUCGGAGUCCCAGCUGGCCAGCCUGCCGCCCUCCGACCGGGACUCCCUGCAGAACGGCCCAGCCUGCCCGGUCCCCGAGCUGUCCUCGCCCCCCUCUGCCGGCUACAGCUCCGCAGGACAGAAGCCAGAGGCUGUUGUGCAUGCAAUGAAGGUCCUGGAAGUGCACGAGAACCUGGACCGGCGGCUCCAGGACAGCUGCGAGGAAGACCUGAGCGAGAAGGAGAAGGCCAUCGUCCGCGAGAUGUGCAACGUGGUCUGGAGAAAACUGGGAGAUGCGGCCAGCUCCAAGCCCUCCAUCCGGCAACACCUGUCUGGGAACCAGUUCAAGGGACCAUUGUAGGGCCGUCUCCCCGUGGAUGUGGACUGGCCCUGCGGGGCACCCCAGGGAGUCACAGGCCACUGUCUUCUUUUCCUGUGGUGACUUGUACAUAGGACACUACG